UUCAUGCAAGUAGUGAUGUUCAUGGAUUCUUCUUGCUUAAGCCUUGUUGAAAAGGUGAUUCCUCAAUCCACGAUAAAAAAUGACAAAGACAAGAGCACUACUCUGAUGAGUAGAAAAACGACAUUAGAAAAAAUAAUUUUUUCAAUGUUACUUUUGAAGAUUCCCGGUUAAUUGUAAAUUUACAAUUAAAGAAGAUUUGAGAAAUUUAAAAGUUAAAGAAUAUUGGAGGAGGAAUAAUAGAGAAAAAGAUUGGAGAAAAAUUGAGAAGAAGAAGAGUGAGAUUGUUAUUUUUUGAAGAGAAAAAAAUGAUCAAUUUGUUGACCAAAAAGAUUAGUCGUCCAAGUAGACACUUAAUGAAUCCAACAAGCUUAACCUAUCACUAAGUAGAAGUGGACAGAAAGAUCUAAGAGAAACAUUUUACAAAAACAAAAACUAUUUAAAAUAUUGACAAAGUCAAAAACCUGUUUACGAUCUUGAAAUGAUUAAGAUUGUACAAUUUUUAUUUUAACUUUAACCACACAAUUAUCAAGAAAAUGAAACACGGAUAAUCUAAAUUUCAACAAAAAGAUAAAUAAUAUUGGAUCAAUAAUUAUGAUUAUGAAGUGAAAUGAAAUAAUUGAGUAUAUGAUAAAUAUGUGAUUAAUGCGUAUUUAAUAUCCAAAAAGGCACUAAGAGAAUGGGAAAGUGAGGGUGAACUGAGAAUCCAAAUCACACAAACCCCACUCAACGGUUGAACUGGGGAACCUCGUUUCUACCUGCUCCCGUCCUCGCCGGAGACCCGCCAUGGCUGGAAAUCCCGCAACUCCCUCCUCCACAUUUUCUCGCGAGAAUUUGAAUUUGUCGUCCGAUUUCCCCACCCGAAUCUCCCUCACUUCCGAUCAGGUCAAGCACUGCACGGAAGCACUCGCUUUGUUGAAGGACAAGCGCCGAAACCCUCACACCAUCUCCCAAGAGUUUCUUCACUUGCAGGCGAACAGGAUAACGCCGAGUGAGAUGACGAGAAGAUGCAGCGUUGCUCUUAAUUCUGUCAAUAUCAGCAAAAAUCGAUACACAGAUGUUUUACCAUUUGAUAAGAACAGGGUUGUUCUUAAUUCCAGUUCAGAUUAUAGGUCUGCAGCACUGGGGUAUAUCAAUGCAAGCUUUAUAUCGACCUCUUCCCCUGGAACUGUAUCUGAAUUUCUAGCCACACAAGGCCCGCUUCCACACACUUAUGAGGAUUUCUGGGAAAUGAUUAUCCAAUAUCACUGUCCUGCAAUUGUGAUGCUUACUAGGUUGGUCGACAAUUACAAGAUGAAGUGUGGAGAUUAUUUUCAAGCUGAGGAUAGACCUAGAGAAUUAGGCAAUAUCUCACUUACAUGUAAAUGGGCGAAAACUACUGAAACUUCAUUAGUGCUGCGCCAUUUUGAGGUUAACCAUAGAGAGGUAGAAAAUGCGCCAUUAUCUGUUUUGCAUAUUCAGUAUCCUGAGUGGCCUGACCAUGGAGUUCCAAAUGAUACUUUGGCUGUGCGUGAAAUUUUGAAAAGAUUAUAUCAUUUGCCACCAAACCUUGGCCCAAUAGUGGUGCACUGCAGUGCAGGUAUUGGCAGAACUGGAACAUACUGCACAAUUCACAACACAAUUCAGCGAAUACUUGCUGGUGAUAUGUCUGCAGUAGAUAUUGCUAACACAAUAUCUGUGUUCAGAUCCCAGCGUAUUGGAAUGGUUCAGACCCAGGACCAGUACAUUUUUUGCUAUCAAGCUAUCAUAGAUGAACUGGAAGACCUUGUAUCUCAACAGUAAGGAUAGUAGAAGUGCUAGAUAAAAGGAUGUCAAGCUGCUUGCCUCAUUCUUCUGAAGCCAACUCUCUAUUCUUCGGUGUGCUUGUUGGGUCCUGCUAUGCUUAUGAUUUUCAGUAGCUGACUCAGAAGCUUUAACAUUCUGGAGAUUUUAUGAUUUUCACUGAACUUGUUUAUUUUUUGCGUUCAUGUAUAAUUUUGCAGGCAGGAGAAAUCUUACAAAUAUCAGCAUAUUUUUCAAUAUAUUUCUACAUUUCUGUUGAACAGAAGCAUACUAAUGACCAUGAUAAUCUAAAUUCCAUUGUCCUCUUAUUAUUUUUCUUCAA